CAUGGCUUGUGGCCCUGCUGAGGGACAAGGGUUCCUCAAGGAGCUGGUGGAAAGCUCCACCCCAGCUCCAUCCUGCAGGGCAGGGGACUGGGAUGCCUGAGCAGUGAACAUCAUCCCCGGCCGGGGAGGAGGUGAUGGGAGGAGGUGACAGGAGGAGGUGACGCAGGUGGCAAGCCCAGGGGUAUUACCCCAAGGGCUGGCUGUGGGACACUGUGGCUGAGUCUUUCUUUUCUGGCUGUUCCUCCUAGAGGCACCCGGCAGUAGGUGUGAGGUGAUCGAGCCUGGCUUGCACCGUAGGCCCGGCUCCCUGGCGUCUGAUGAUGAGUCUGACCCCCUCCAGGGGAUGCCUCCUGGACCUGCCCUGGGAAGACAUCUUGGUUCCACAUAUCCUCUGUCACCUGCCGCUGCAGCAGCUCCUCAGCCUGCAGAGGGUCAGCAAGUCGUUCCAGUCUCUCAUCCAGCUCUACCUGGCCAACAUGCGCUGCUUUGACUCCAGCCAGAUCGGACCUGCCAUCCCUAGAGCUGCUUUCGUUAACCUGCUGAAGGACAACGAGGUACUGCAGCAGCUGGUGCUCCAGAACUGCUCCGAGUGGCUGACGGACAGGGAGCUGCUCCCGGUCAUCGGGCAGAACCAUCACCUCCACCACAUCCAGCUGAAGGGCUGUGCCCAGCUCAGUCGCCAUGCCCUGGUGGCCAUCUCCUUGAGCUGUCCCAACCUGCGCUGCCUCUCCCUGGCUCACUGCGAGUGGGUGGACAGCCUGUCCCUGCGCAGCCUGGCCGACCACUGCAAGGUGCUGGAGGCUGUGGACCUGACGGCCUGUCGCCAGCUGAAGGACGAGGCCAUCUGCUACCUGGUGCAGAAGUGCAGCAGGCUCAAGUCCCUGUCGUUGGCCGUCAACGCCAACGUGGGCGACGUGGCGGUCGAGGAGAUUGCCAAGUGCUGCCCCGAGCUGGAGCACCUGGACCUCACAGGGUGUCUGCGAGUCAAGAAUGACUCCAUCAGGGUCCUGGCCGAGUACUGUCCCAAGCUGCGCUCGCUGAAGGUGAAGCAUUGCCACAACGUGGCCGAGUCCAGCCUGAGCAUCCUCCGAAACCGUGGGGUGGAGCUGGACGUGGAGCCUCCCUUGCAGAGGGCUCUCGUUCUCCUGCAGGACGUGGUUGGCUUCGCCCCUUUCAUCAACCUCCAGAUCUAGAACUGCUGCUGCCAGGGA